AUGCCAACCAAAGGCACUAGUGCUGCUCUGAAAGCGCAAGCUGCUGCUUCACCGCCGGCGGCUGACAAGUUGCUCAUCAUUGCGGCCUCCUUCCUCGACGGCGUGGUGUGUGUGUCAGGUGUGCCAAUGGUGGUGGCGCAGGCCGCGCAUGUGCCAUUCCCCUCUGGUGUCCACCUUGCUGCCUACCAGCUGUGCUUUAUGGUUCCGCAGCUCAUCACAACACUUGUGGCUGAGCAACUCACGCUGCACGUGAGUGCUUCCGCGCUACUCUUCUUCACGCUAAUGUGCACCACUGUCAGCACGGCUAUCGUAGCGCUAAGUCUGUCGCAGCGCUCACUGUCGCUCUUUUUUGCCUCUAAUUUUUUGAACGGCGUCUUCCGACACAACAAGAUACUCUUUGGCGCUACCGCGAGCGCGCUGCACAUGUCGACCACUGAUGUUAGAGCAGCUGCCCGGUACGGUAUGAUGGCUGGCAUGGUGCUUAGCGGAAUUGCAGGUGAUGCCAUGCAGAAUGCAGUACAUGUGGCACGCCUGUUCAUCGGGGUAGAAGCGCUCUCUGCGGCACUGGUGCUCACACGCUUCCUGUUUGGCAGUCGCACCGUCGUGGUGACCGCGCGAGCCAGUCAGGAGUACGUUCAGUGGCUCCCCUGUCUGACCCGAGCGCCGACAGUUGUGUACAGUGCCAUGGCGGCUCUCAUAGCCGUGAUAUUGGCUGCUUCGGUGAAUCAGGUGAUGUACCCCCUUGCGGGGCCCGCCUACGGCCUGCCGUACUUCUUCACGGGUGCACAGUUGUGUUUUCAUCUGGUGCUUCAAGUGAUUCUGAUGCCACAUGUCGUGGAGGUGGCAAAGCGUAUGGUACAGCAGUGGAAACCGAACGUGCUACUGGCCGGUAACGGAGAGGAAAGGUUGACGAUCAUUGCUGCACUAGUAAUGCUGGUAGGCUGCUCUGUCGUUCCAUACGCUGCUGAUCACGGGCCCAUCGUCUUUUAUCCUGCAUCGCUGGUUUUGGUGGACCUUCCCGGCGGCGUCCUCACCUCGCUCGCCGCGAGGGCCGUUGAGGAUGCGUUUGGAGGCGCCUCCGGUGACGCACCGAAGGUCACGACGCUGCUCGAUCACACGACGCUGCUGGUGAAGAUGUUUGCGGCUCCGCUGCGCAUCUGCACAGCGGCACGUUUCACGGGGCACAAGUACCCAGUGCGCUACAUCAGCGUCCCUCUGAUGACAUACAUUCUGGUGCGCGCCCGCACACACAAUGUAGCCUACGCGGCGGCUGGAAUGGCGGCAACGCUUCUUUUUCUCACCUCUACCGUCUCCUCUUUUGAAGGAGAGCUAUAG